AUGUUUGCCUGCUGCAUGGCCGGAGUGCCCGAUGCGGAGCCUUUGCGCCGUACCUUCACAGUCGUUGGGAUCAGCGGGAAGACCCUAUUGGAAGGCGUGGAAGUGUCGUCCCUCGAUGAGUUGAGGGAGCUCACAGCCACCAGCAUGAGCACGAGUGCAUGCAGGCUCCUCAGUGCUGAUGGUCGUCCUCUUACAAGAAUCGACGAGGCACCGGAAGGAAGCACCUUGACGGCUGUCGCCAUCUCCACCAGCGGCCUGCUGGAGAUCACGGGCCUGGUGGGUGACCCGGUCGCCUCAGUGCCGCAACAGGAGCUGGAAACGAUGGCGCUGAAGGUGGCCCAUUCACUGGCGAGCAUUGCAUGCUGGUUUGGUGGGCCCGGGCAUUUGGAAGGCUAUCCAACAAUUCCCUGGCCAUUUGGCGAAACAGUGGCAGCACCUCCUCAGUUCUCGUCCACGCGCGGCCGUUCUGAAAAGAAGGCUAUGCAGGUCACUACUAAGACUCCGGUGGUCCACGCCGGGGUUGAGGUGGUUUUCAGCGUGCGGGAGGGUUCUUUGGUGCCCAACGUGCUGGAGGAUUUCAUCCCAGAAGAGAACUUGACGGUGCGAGAUAUCAUCAAGCUCCGGGACAAGCACAACAUAGCAUGCCAGGAAAGGCGCCGCGAUCUGCUGGCCACAAAGCCUGGCACGGACGUCGUGGAGGCAGAGAUGUCCCUGAAAGAAUACGGCCUGGGUCGCGUGCAUUUUGUGCUGGGAUACAGCGUGGCUAACGACGACGACCGAUGGAGCAUGCUGACGACUCUUGACAUGGAACAUAUUCGACUCUGGGAGCAACUGUCGCAGUGGAGCAGCCGUGUUCUGGGCACGGUGAAGACCCCGGCAGCACGUUCAUGCCUUUCGGCCUCGCACCACUCGUGCCAGCCGGAGCCAUACGGCAUGCUUCUUGAUCUCAUCUUCCCCUCUGUGCUCUGUGCCUUGGCCGGACGGGUCCAACAAAAGCAGGAGCCAGGUCAGAUGCCUUCGCCAGAUGACAGCCUUUGGAUCUUGAUGAAUCAAGUUGGUCGGGAUCAGAUCUCUGCACCGACAGCCGAGUCUGUUCCAUUUCGACCUGAGCUUCUCAAAGAGCUUUGCCUGAUGGCUUGGUGUGCUAUUCCAGAAGAUGCCAAAUCUCCAACUGCCCCAGAGAUGGCCGUCACCAGAACUUACGAACGUAUGUUUGCGACAGCCCUGCAAGGUGAUUCACGCUGGCAGCUCGGGCAAGGCGGCCUUUGGCAUCUGAUUCCCAUUCCCUCGCAGGCUAUCGAGCUGCCAGUGCGAACGAACCACGCUCACAACAAGACCAUGCCCAAGCAAGGUGAUGGCAAGGAAGUCAUGAUCGUUGGCAAGGACACGGUCAUGGUUCGAAAGAGGUAUGACAGGCACAAUGCGAAAGCCAAUCCCAAGGAGCAGGCCGUUGUCAUCGCGGCAUCUGAGCUCAACCGCUUGCGUGAGAACGCAAAACUCCUCAGCAAGGAAGAGGAAAUCGAGCAGAAGAAACGCGAGGAGGAGGCCUUGGCCGAGCGUCAAGCGAAGUCUAUCGCGAGAAAGGAAAAGAUUAGGCAAAUGGAGGAGGAGCGAAAGAGAAAUGCCAUUCAAGCCGAGACGGCCAAGGAUGCUCGAGGAGCCAAAGGUGGAGUGCUGGAGCGGGCCAAGCAGAUGCUGGACGAGGACAUGGACGACGUCAAGCACAUGAACCAGAUGAUGCUCUAUUCCAAGAUAGUCACUAUUCGCGAUGCGCAGAUUCAAGAGAAGCGCAUGGUUCAAGCCGAGAAGGAGGAAGAGGAGCGACACCUCGAUGCCAUGAUGGAGAUAGAGCGCCUCAAGGCUCUGAAAAUGUAUGAAGUUCGAGAGCAGGAGCGGAUGCAGUCGCAGCGGGCCGGUGCCAAGGUGAUCAUAGAGCAGAUCAAGGACCGACAAGCACAGCGAAUGAAGGAGGAGGAGUCGAGAGACCAGGAGCGAUCCUUUGUACUGAAGCAGAUUGAGUCCCUCAAGGCUGAAGAGGUGGAGCAGCAGCAGCAGAAGAAGCUCGCGGCUGAACGGCUCAUGCAGGAGGUCAAUGAAGCCAAUGGAGCCGCCAUGAAGAUUAAGGAGGAGCGCAUGCUCGCUGAGAAGCUUGAAGAGCAGAAGAUCAUCGAAUACCAGGAGGCCAAGGAGCAGCGUGAGCGCGACCUCGAGGCCGAGAAGGCCCGGCUCGCUGCCGACAAGGAGAGGGAAACCGCCAGGCUGAGGGCAAUGCAGGAGAAGGCUCAGGACAAGGCAGCAGAAAUGGAUGCACUCCGGGCAAAGAGAGCCAUGGAGGCAGCUGAGAGGGCAGCACGCCAGAAGGAAUCAGCAGAGAAGCAAAAGCAGGAUCGCAUGAACGCCGAUCUCAAAGAGGCGCGCUUCCAGCAGCAGGCAGAGAAGGAGCGCCGCUUGGGCGAGCAGGCGAAGUUCGAGCGCGACGAGUUCGAGCGCAUCAUCGAGGUGCAGAUGCAGCAGGAGGAGGCUGAAAGGCAACGACAGGGUGAGGAGCACCACAUGCGCCUCCAGCACGCUCAGGAGCUUCGACAUCAGAUCGCGGCACGAGAAGAGAAAGCUUACCAGGAGCGACGUGACUUCCUUGAAGAGGGGAACUCCGUACGAGCAUCCAUCGGCAACGAGCGCAAGAAGUUGCUCGCAACGGAAAAUGCAAAUCCCCUGCCUCAGCAUGUGUCAGUCCUCAGCCCUUUAGCCCGGGCCCCCACAGCCUGCGCAAUGUUUGUGAACAUCUCACUCCUCGGAUCGCGACGCCAGAGUGCACGCGAAGCCAGCGAAGCCAGGCCGGCCCCGGGCUUCGUUAUGCCUCCGCUGUGA